AUGUCUGAAUUUGAGAUGGAUGGGGAAGGAUUAGUCCUCCCAGAAAGCCCUGACAGUCAGAAAGAAAACUGCUCAAUACUCAGUAAUGGUGAUACCCUCUCCUCUUCAGACAUUCAACCCUUGGAUGCUGGAGUGUGUGAAGUUAUUAACACUGGAGUAGAAUACAAGAAGAGUACAGCUCUGUGUUCGCUCUGUUCACUUUCGCCAUCCAAAGAAGAGCCAAGUGACAUUACGUGGACAGAUUCAGCUCCAUCAUCAUAUUCCAUGGACAGUAAGAUAAGUAAAUUUGGCUGCCAAACACCAAGCUCUCAGAUUCAUAGCAAAAAUAGUGAAGAUGAGUGUGCGUCCCUCAUUCUCGCCUGUCUCUUCUGCCAGUUUUACGAUUUUCUGCUCAUGCUACCUCACACAUGUGUUCAUCUGUGGACUCGGAUGUGUGGCUGUCGCUGUCGUAAAUAUAACUCUGACAUCAGAAGUAACAGCGAUGAUUGCAACUGCAAGUGUGAUUUUGACUGUGGUAUGUUUGACUCCUGUCAGGAGACCAGUGAUUGCUUGGAAUUGGCUUUAGAAAUUUCUGAAGUAUGCUAUCGUUGA